UCUUAUUUCUGCCCUCUAGUGGUUGCGAAUUGUUUUGACAGGGGGUAUGAUAUUUGUUCACGUCACUUUCUCUUACUUUCUACCGAACUAAAAGCCAGAUUUCGCUCAGAUUCAGUCUGUAGUGGUAGUAAAAAAAAUCUCCAAAGUGUCUUCUACGUACAGAACCGAGUUUUGGAGUGUGCUAUAGACUGUAGAGAGUGUGGAGCAGAAGGGGCAAGCAGGUAAACGUGAACUUUUGACUAAAGAUGAGAUCGCUCAAACAUCUAAAACCUCAAACCAAGAGAAAUUUGGAGGAGAAGACCCAGCAGCUGGUUCGAUGUUACGCUGAAGCCAUGCACCAGCAGAUGGAUGUGGGGACACAGACAGACCCAGUGGUGGUCUUGUCUCUGGCCCAAGCUGCUGUGUUGGGACUUAUAUCCCAGAAUGAGGUCUUUGGUGCCACCAUUGCACCUAAUGGCUUUUAUACCGGAGAGCCCAAAGAAUCGCCUGCUCCGUCCAUCGAGCGGAUGGAGUAUGAGUAUGCUGACCAGCUCAUUGGUGCUAAUGGUGAUUACCUGGGUGUGAACCUCGGCGAGGACGGUCAGGUUCACCCAAGCUGUGCGGAAAGGAGGUGGCAGGGGACACCUGAAAACACAAAGCCUCUUAUAGGGCACCAUAACUCGGGUUCACAUGUCAAAGGUGAGUGUGUGACCCCGGGACUACCUUCUUGCAACCACAUGAUGAGCAUGAUGCCUAGAGAGAGCAUGCAGAUGGUAGACAACUCUGGUUACCGCCUAGCCUCCAAACCUCACCCCAGCAACUGCUGCUCUACCUGUGUGCGGGAACCCAAGAGCACACAUCCGCCACCUAACCACCAUGUUCAUCCCCACUCCAACAAUCACACACCUAAUGAGGUUCAUACCCAUGGCAGAAACCAUACACUGGAGAAAAGAGGAAAUGAGGAAGAGGAAGGGAAUGAUGCAAGGAUGGGGAAGGCUGGCAGUGGAGGGGAGGAGAUCAGCAGCUACUUCCGGGCUAAUGAGGUUGGCUAUGAGGGUGGGGAUAUGGAUGGGGUAGGGGAGUUUGAUGAGAACAACCAAGGCAUGUUCUGGGGGGAGCCUGUGGAAGGGGAGGCACCGCGGGGCCGCCGCAUUGACCGAUUGGACAUCAACAUACAGAUCAAUGAGUCGUAUUGUGUAGACGUCGGCGAAGGCUUGAAGCGUUGGAAGUGCCGCAUGUGCGAAAAGUCAUACACUUCCAAAUAUAACCUUGUAACGCACAUCUUGGGUCACAAUGGCAUUAAACCCCAUGCUUGCCCACAUUGCGGUAAGCUCUUCAAGCAGCCAAGCCACCUGCAGACACACCUCCUGACCCACCAAGGCACACGGCCGCACAAGUGCACUGUCUGCAAAAAGGGCUUUACUCAGACCAGCCACCUAAAACGCCACAUGUUGCAACACUCAGAUGUCAAGCCCUUCAGCUGCCGUUUCUGCCGCCGAGGCUUUGCCUACCCCAGUGAGCUGCGAGCCCAUGAGGUGAAGCAUGAGCGUGGCCGUUGCCACAUUUGCCCGCAGUGCUCCAUGGAGUUCCCCACCUAUGCCCACCUCAAGCGCCAUCAGGUCAGCCACCAAGGGCCGGCCACCUUCCAGUGUAGCCACUGCAGUAAGACAUUUGCCUACCGUAGUCAGUUGCAGAACCAUAUGCUGAAGCAUCAGGCCCAACGCUCUUUUUCCUGCAGCCAGUGCGGCCUGCAGUUCCUGCAGCUCCACCAGCUACGUCAGCACUCUCUCAUACAUAAAGUGCUCAAGCCUCAGCCACGUGCCGCUAAGGGAACGAAGGGCUUCAAGUGUGAUGUAUGUGCUCGUGAGUUCACAUUGUCUGCAAACCUGAGGAGGCACAUGCUGAUCCAUGCUAGUGUCAGGCCCUUUCAGUGUCACGUCUGCUUCAAGUCCUUCGUCCAGAAGCAGACUCUGAAAACUCACAUGAUCGUCCACCUUCCUGUGAAACCCUUUAAGUGCAAGGUGUGUGGGAAAUCAUUUAACCGGAUGUAUAAUCUUCUGGGUCACAUGCAUCUCCAUGCUGGCAGCAAGCCAUUUAAGUGUUCGUACUGCUCCAGCCGAUUCAACCUGAAGGGUAACCUCAGUCGACACAUGAAGGUUAAACAUGGCAUGGAUGUAUCCCCAGAGGGACAAGAUGCUCCUCCAGAUCUGGAACCUCAUGAGGAUUAUGAAGAGGAUAACUUUAACUUCGCCGCCCCUGAAAAUAUGGAUGCUAAUGAUGCGCCUAAUCUCACCAAGCUCUCUGAGGUUGCUAUACAGGAGCUGGACUAUUAUAACUUCGGAAAGGAUGUGGGCAGCUACAACACAGCAUGAGCUCUAUGAAUAAGACUAAAGCUGAAAUACUGUUAAGUAUCCAUUGAACUAAUUGGGCACUUAUCAGCUAUACGCUGGUUGUUAUGUAUUUCCAUGAGAACCACGACUUCUCUAUUAUUACUGAUGGACAGGUGGCCAUUUUGGUUUCACUCAUGUUGUAACUAUUCUGAUCCUGUUUCAUAAAAACCACUGAAUUUGCUAAGUCUUUUGAACAGUUGUAAGUUUACUCUGUGCUGCAGUAUGACAUUUGUGCAGUACGUUAUUAAUUAAAGGUCCACUCAGCAAGGUUCAUGACCAAAAAAUAACAAUAUACAUAUAUAAAAGUGAUUAUUUACUGUCUUUAUGUUGCUUACAUAAUGUACACUCGCAUGAGAUGAAGGGUUAAAUUUCUUUGUUGACUAUAAGAUGGUGCAGUGGGUAGCAUUGCUACCUCACAGAUCCAGGGUCCCUGAUUGUUUCCUGACCUCUGGUUACUGUAUGUUCUCCCUCCCAAACACAUGACUGUAGGUGGAUUGGCUGUGCUAAAUGGCCCUUGGUGUGAAAGCGUGUGAAUGUGUGUGUGCAAGUUGUCUAUGAUUGAUUGGCAUUACCAUCAAGGGUGUAUCCCUACCUCAUGCCCAGUGGUGAAUGAGGCAGCUUAUUCUACAUAGCACAAGUUUCCUUGCUGUGUUUGAAAUCAUGUGCCCACAAAACCUAAGUAUGGGUGAAGAUGUCAUCAAAGAAGUUUUGUGCCCUCAUUGAGUGCAGUUGUGUCUUUAGAUGUCCCAAACCCUGUGAUCAUUGACCAGAUCUGUACUUUCGGGACAUCAAACUGCUGCCUAUGAGGGAGUUAAUUCAAACAGUACAAAGCAUUAUUCAGCUCAUGCAAGUUGUACAUAAUGUAUGGGGAGGGGGGGUGACAAAAAGAUCAUAAAUAAACACUGCUAUAUACAGACCGGUGACGAGUUUAAGGAAAAGAACACUAUAAAGUGUGUUAGUAAGGUUUUAGGCCACCAAGAGCCACCAGACCAGUUGGUGUCAGGGUGCCUUGGCAUAAAAGUCUCUGAAACUGUACUAGAGAUAAGUACCAUUCUUCCAAUAGAUAUGCUCUCGGUUAGUAGUGGAGAGCGCUGUCCACCAGUACGCUUCAAAAUCUCCCAUUGUCUGGUGACUACAAUAGCUGUAGCAUGACUUUACAUUAUUUUCAUCCUCAUCAAAUCAUUUAAUGAGCCCUCGUGCCAUGGGGAUGGGGUCAUCCUGGAGGAGACCAUGCCCAUCAGGAUAUAACGGUUUCAUCAUAAAGAUAAACAUGAUCAGUCAGAAUAACUUUGUAUUGAUUUGCAGUGACUGUUCUCUCUAAGGGGACAAUGGACUCAAAGCAUGUCAGCAAAAAUAAAUGCCCCCAACAGCCACUGUUUUAAUUUGUGA